AUGGAGGAGAAGCGCAGAACUCGAGUCGCAAUCGUCGGCUCUGGCAUGGCCGGGUUGGUUACUGCAUACCUGCUGAACAGAGACCAGCGAGAGCGGUACGAUGUCACCGUCCUCGAACAAGGCGAUAAGCUGUCCCUUGACUCUGCCUCUGUCUCGGUUCCAACAAGGUCGAAUACCCAUUCCGAACGAAUCGAUGUUCCAAUGCGCGCAUUCGCUGGAGGAUACUACAACAACCUCAAAGCGAUGUACGAUUUCCUAGAAAUAUCAUACCAUUCGCAGCCAUUUCUCUUCGCAUUCUCCGAAUUUAAAGGACACGACCAGAACCAUCCUCCGCUCUCGGAGGAACCUUACUUCAUCCACGCUUCCAAUAACCAUCGGAUACCCCCGCCUCGACCUGCCGGAGUGGACUUGGUCAGCCAUAUCAUGGAGAUAAUGUAUCUACUCUUCUGGUAUUCGUGGUUCACCGUAUGUUGCCUCCUUAUGGCUCCGCUGGAAGCCAACUCAGAGGGGUUGUCUGAAACGUUGGAAGAUUAUACAAGGCGAAUCCGGCUUCCCCUAUACUUCUCGUCUCGUUAUCUUCUGCCACUGAUCGCCAGUGUCACCACAUGCCCCCGCGAUGUCCUCCUCCAAUUUCCAGCGCGAGAUGUGGUGGAUUACAAACUACAAACACAUGGUGCCCCACAUUAUACCGUGUCGAACGGGGUAAAGGACGUACAGACGCUUCUAGCAAGAGAUAUUCGUGUCCGGUUCCGCUCCAGGGUUAUAUCUGUGAAAACAGAUGAAGGCCAGUGUUCUGUUUCGUGGCGUAAGAUGGGCGAUGGGGAACUUGAGGAAACCAUCACUGAGGACUUCGAUCGAGUGGUGCUAGCGGUUGCUCCAGACGUGGUUGGCGAGAUAUUUGCGCCCCUGCAAAAAGCUACCAGCUGCAUCCCGACGACCCGGGUCAAAUCUGUGGUGCAUACCCGUGACGCCUGCACGAAAGACAGUCCUAACAAAGCUCUGGAUGGUUCGGAUAUCAGCACUACUGAGAUUGGACCGGUGAGGGCGCAGCUGAUCAAUAUUAGGUCCUGUUUGAGGUCUGGGCAUACGGAGGCGGCGCAUUUCCUGCCGUCAGAAGUUGUCGUUACGACCUGUCCAUUGACACCCCUGUCGGAUGAGACGGUGAUUAGUUCUACAACAUUUACCCGUGUUCUGAGGAGUCCUUCGAGUAGGGACGUCAUCAACAGAAUAAUGGACAAACCGGACUCGGGCGCUGGUGAAGGGGGCGACACAGAGUGGAGAAACGGAGACGAUAAUAUCUGGCUGGUGGGCGGGUGGUGUUGGGAUGGUAUGGUGCUUUUAGAAGGUUGCAUGGUUUCGGCUAUGAGAGUUGCUGAUGAGUUUGAUGUUCUAUACUCGAAUUGGUCUUGGGCAUCACACUCUCCGUCGUACUUGUCCGGCUUUUCGGUCCACAUCCACCCAGCCAAAUUUCCAACGUUGUUGCCGCGUCGUUCGGACACGAAAGAUUUCCAGACGGCGAGCGAGAGCCUCCUCCUGCAACUUUUGAAAUUCGCAGGCUUGAGGUCCCCCGAUGAAACGCCAUCUAACCACCGUCACCACAACUUGGACGUCUUGGAUCUCGGCUACGGUUGCGGCGAUCAAAUUCUGGCUUUGUUGCAUGCUCAAAGUCCCUUCCGACUACCCGGGGGGCCGGUUUCGUCGUUCCGCUUGAAUAAAUACGUCGGCAUCACGUUCAAUCAAAGCCACUGUGAUAUCGCUGGUCAACGUGUGGGGCAACGAAUAUCUCACCGCGGACUGGAGGCGGACGUUCAGCUGUUUUGCGGUGAUGCUGCGAAUCCAGACGGAUGGAGCCGAACGCUUUUGGGGGAGGCCGAAUCUCUUCGAAACCGAGCAACUGAACGAAAUGACGGGCUCUUGGUCCCAGGCACCGAAACGUGGGUUCUCGCACUCGACUCCAUGUACCAUUUCUCACCAUCGAGGCUCCCGGUUUUGAAAUAUGCUCGUCAAACGUUGGACGCCUCGUUGAUGACUUUCGAUCUUGUGCUCGCUGACGACGUUUCUUCCCUGUCUCGCCUUGCGCUUUCGAUGGUUGCAAAAAUGCUCGGAUGUCCGUUCGGGGCCUUCAUGCCUGUACGCGAGUACCGUGAAAUGCUCCGUACGGCCGGAUAUGAGGACGACAAGAUCCAGAUCCAGGACAUCUCGGAGCACGUGUUCGAACCCCUGAGUCAGUUUAUCGAGAGGCAAACCGUCGUGCUUCAGAAGGUUGGAAUUAACAUCGGGAAAUUUGCUCUUGCGAAACAUUUGUUCAGAUGGUGGGCGAAUAGCGGCUCUGUAAGGGGCAUGAUGGUCGUUGCAAGGACUUCUGAACAGAACAAGGACGAAGAUGUUGUCAUUUAG